AUGAAAGUUUUCAGAAAUUUAUUUCUCUUCAUAUCAUUUUUCGCAUGUUGUGCUGCGUUCUGUAAUUCAGACUCAAAGAAUAUUGAAGUUAAAUUAAAGAAUGAUCUUUUGUGUCACUAUGUUGCUGAAGAGAGGCCUAAGCAAUUGGAUGUACCUAUCGAGCUUAAUUAUGGUGUUAGGAGUUUUACUUAUGAAGAAACAACAUCAAGAAUAUCAGUCGAGGCUCGAAUUCUCCAUCGAUGGGACGAUUUACGAUUGAGAUGGGAGGAAAACGACUAUGCAGGCAUUAAAAUGUUUCAUAUAAGUUCUGAUAAAAUUUGGAUUCCGAAACUUUUUAUCAACAAUUCAUUUCAUCAUUACGGCUUGGGUGAUUGUCAUCCAACAGAAUGUUUAGUCAAAUCAAGUGGACAAAUUGGAUGCUGGAUUCCAUGUACACAAGAAUUAGAUUGUAUUGCAGACUAUGAAAAGUGGCCAUUUGAUAAACACAUUUGUCGAGUAUCCUUUAAGACCUUCUACACAUAUGAAAAUGUCACAUUUGAUGCAAACGAAGUGGGUGGACAGGUUGUGAUGAAUACAAACAAUGAAUGGAAGCUUGUCUCCAUGACUGGAUUGAUAGAUACAAAAAAUAAAUAUGUUGUGCAUUUUUUUAUCUCCAUCGAGCGCUACAGCGGAAUGAUUUACAAGCACGUCAUAAUUCCAAUUUAUUGCCUUAUUGCAUUUACACUCGCCAUUUUAUGGAUAAAGCCUGAAAGCUUUUGGCGUUUAAUUUUGUGCGGAUUCAAUAUUUAUUUACAUUUCAGCUUGAUGGAUAGAGUCUGGUGGCAAUUUCCGUCAAAUGGAGCAUCAAAAAGUGUACCAAAAAUACUUAAAUCCAUGACAUUUAUGUUGAUUCUUUCAACCAUAAUUCUAAUUGAGUCAAUAAUUGUAAAAGCUGUUUCAAUUCGCUGCACAGUGCCUCCUUUGUGGACGCAGAAGAUUGUAAACAUUUCCGACAGUAAUUCAAUCAUCAAAUAUGUAAUUCUAUCUCCGACAGAUUUGAGGGAAAAUGCAAAAAGCGACGAAAAUUUCUCGACAACCGAGGAAGCAAAUAAGAAAUGUGAAAGGGACGUGAUGAAAUCUUUGAAUCGAAUUAUUGAUCGAUCUUUAUUUCUUCUUUUGUGCAUCGUUUUCAUUUUCUAUAAAAUUGUUUAA